UUCUCGAAAAACUUAUUCAUAGGCAAAGAUUCAGUCAAAACAGAACAGUCCACAAGAUGCAAUAAGCUAAUAAAAUAACCAGUCUUCCAUACUUAUCUAAACGGAACUCGAACUGAAGAGCAGCCCUGUAGAGAUACACAGAUGACCGUACAGCUAUCAGGACUGUGGUUGUCCUCUCCCAAAAUCCCUAUUCACUUUAUUCAAUGCCCAGCUUCUCCAAGCCUAGACCCCAAACUUUCUCGAACAACAGCUCUCUCAGCCACCGCUUCUCUCUCCUCGCCCCCUCCCACCAUCCGGAUUGUCGGUGGGAAAACUCCGAUGUGGCGUGACAAUGAGAAUGUCGAUGGCGCGGUUGAAGAUGAAGCUGAUUGGGUUGAAAUGGAUGCUGAUCUUUGCUACUGGACCAGGGCACUGCGUCCAGUCCAGUGGUAUCCUGGUCAUAUUGCAAAAACAGAAAAAAAACUAAAAGAGCAACUCAAGUUGAUGGAUGUUGUUAUAGAAGUACGAGAUGCUAGAAUUCCAUUGUCUACUACUCAUCCCCAGAUGGAUUUAUGGCUUGGUAAUCGAAGGAGGAUUUUAGUUUUAAACAGAGAAGACAUGAUAUCUACUGCAGAUAGGAAUGCUUGGGCAAUGUAUUUCUCAAAGCAGGGGACGAAGGUUGUCUUUUCCAAUGGGCAACUUGGAAUGGGGACUAUGAAGCUAGGUCGGUUGGCAAAGUCAUUAGCAUCAGGUGUAAACGUUAAACGCAGAGCCAAAGGACUCCUUCCUCGUCCGGUUCGAGCUGGAAUAGUUGGGUAUCCAAAUGUUGGGAAAUCAUCUUUGAUCAACCGUUUGCUGAAACGAAGAAUGUGUCCAGCAGCUCCUAGACCUGGAGUUACAAGAGAACUGAAGUGGGUUCGGUUUGGGAAAGAUCUUGAGUUGCUGGACUCUCCUGGAAUACUCCCAAUGCGAAUCAGUGAUCAAGCAGCUGCAAUAAAGCUUGCCAUCUGUGAUGACAUUGGAGAGAGGUCAUAUGACGUUGCUGAUGUUGCAGUCAUUCUUGUGCAGAUGUUAGCAAAGCUUCCAACAGUAGGGAUGAAAGCUCUUCAAAACCGCUACAAGGUGGAUGUGGAUGGUCAGUGCGGAAAAAUAUUUAUUGAGAAGGUAGCCCUUCGCUUGUUCAAUGGGGAUAUCCAGCAAGCAGCAUUCCGCGUCUUGUCUGAUUUUCGAAAAGGGAAGUUUGGUUGGGUUGCACUGGAGAGACCUCCCAGAUAAUGCCGUUGGAUGUAUCUUGCUGGCAAGUUUAAAUUGUCUAGACUUGAGGACACAACAGCUGUCAGAAACAGACUUCAGAUACCUAUGGCUUACUGAUGUUGGAAAAACCAGGUGCCAUAUAGAGGAGACAGCUUUAUUUUAGUGGAAAUCAUAACAACAUUGAUUAAAGAGAUGCAGCUGGGCGGUUGAGAAAUUUGUGAAUGGCUAAAUGUGCAAGGAGUCCAUUGAAAACGUAGAUUCACCGUGAAGACAAUUUGCUAAUCUUUGCUACAAUAACCUCAGUAUGAUUUUGUAUUCCUGAUGUAUAGCAAUUGCUUGUAAACUACACCUCUUAAUGACAAAAAAAAAGUGGCUAAAUCCAUCCCAAGAAGAGAAUUGAAUCGCA